AUGGCAAAACCUACACGCGCUGCCGUCUGGAACGUGAUGUCCGCUGUAUCGGCGGCCGGUGCAAGGUGUCCAUGCCACUCUCCCGCUGGCAGAGUUCGAGCAGUGACCCCUUGUUCCACUCAUGGGAAUGACCACUCUCAUCGUCACGACCAUAAGGGUAUGGCGACUGCACAGGAGGAUACAGAGUACGCAUUUGAGAUGGCUGCGUCAAACAUUCGAUAUGGUGUCGGUGUGACCAAGGAAGUGGGCAUGGAUCUGAAGAACAUUGGGGCACGAAAGGUCGCGGUAUUCACCGAUCCAAAGAUCGCGAGCCUAUAUCCGGCACAAACGGUACUGUCCUCUCUUAAGUCACAGAACGUUCCACAUGUCUUCUAUCCGCAUGUCAGAGUUGAGCCUACAGACGAAUCCUUUCAACAUGCCAUCGAUUUUGUCAGAAAGGAGAACGUUGACGCAUUUGUAGCUGUUGGUGGCGGAAGUGUGAUCGAUACUGCCAAGGCUGCCAAUUUGUACUUGUGUCAUUCAAAGGAGGGAUUUCUAGAGUUUGUAAAUGCCCCCAUCGGAAAGGGGAAGCCGCCGUAUAAUCCUGUUAAACCCCUUAUUGCUGUGCCAACGACCGCUGGGACGGGCAGUGAAACGACAGGCGUUGCUAUCUUCGAUUAUAAGCCUCAGAACUUUAAGACGGGAAUUGCGCAUAGGUCCCUUAAGCCACUGUUGGGGAUUGUUGAUCCUAUCAACACAAGGACCAUGCCUCCCGAAGUACAUGUUGCAAGUGGUUUGGAUGUCUUAUGCCACGCCCUCGAAUCGUAUACCGCAAUCCCUUACAAUCUGCGCUCUCCUCGCCCGACCAACCCUAUCCUCCGUCCGGCCUAUCAGGGAUCCAAUCCCAUCUCUGAUAUGUGGUCCAUUAAGGCACUGAAGAUGUGCAUCGACAAUCUCCCCAAAGCGUACAAGGAUGCCUCGAAUCAUCGAGCGCAGGAGCAAAUGAUUUUGGCGUCCACAUUUGCCGGAAUCGGGUUUGGAAAUGCUGGAGUGCAUCUCUGUCACGGUAUGAGUUAUCCCAUUGCUGGUGGCGUCAAGAGCUACAGACAUAAAGGCUACGAUGUUGGACAUCCCAUAGUGCCUCAUGGCAUCUCGGUAGCAGUCACAUCGCCCGCUGUUUUCAAGUUCACCGCACCAGCGUGUCCAGAACGCCAUCUUGAAGCCGCAGCAUUGUUCGGUGCGGACGUCACCAAUGCAAAACUCGCUGACGCGGGAUUGAUUCUUUCGGAUGCCCUCCGAAGGUUUCUGGAUAACCUCGAUGUGCCAAACGGUCUCUCUGCCCUAGGAUACUCGAAGGAGGAUGUUCCUAAGUUGGUGGAAGGAACUUUGCCACAGGAGAGGGUAACAAGGUUGGCACCGAGAGGGGUGGGAUAUGAAGAAAUUCAACGGCUGGUGGAAGACAGUUUCACAUUGUAUUGAGGACCAGUGACAGCAUUAAUAGUGGCUCUAGCAAAAAUAGAUUUGGGAAACGAUUCCUAUUCCUAGCCUAGUGAGUCAGCUCUCGUAGAGAAUUUACGUGGUUAUCUUUUAUGUCCAACAAUCCUAGUUGAACCUACUCUGCUAUUGUCACAA